UUCCAUCGCAGCAAGUGAAUCAAUUGCGUGCGGCUAGCGAAAGACGGAAGGACCGCGGUCUGUUUGUGUAUUUCUCGAAACGCCCGGUCAACCCGGUUUAUUUCGACGUGUGUUCGUCGCGAGUCGGUCGCGAGACAUCUGUAGUGCGCCGGGCUGGUGCGUUCUACGCUUAGACUGUUCUGUACUCCAGCUGGGCGGUUUUGUGGGACCAGUGUGCUAUCCGGGAUUAUUGUUUGAUAGAAUCCGCUCAACAUUGUGCACGUGUGCGACGUAAAACUUGGCCCAUUCCGAGUGGAUUGUGAUGGAGUGUAUUUUAAAGGGAGCGUCUUAUCUACGGCUCCCCAGUGAAACGUGUAAAGUGCUGGUGAAGAACCUGUUGCUGGUGCAUAAUUAGUGGCAAGUGCCCGCUUGCGACUCACAACCCCCUCGACCGACCGGAAGAACAGCAAAGGUGCGAAUGAAACUGGACGGUUGUCCUUCUACGUUGAUUGUGCUAUACUUUAAAGGUGUCAAGACGCGCUGAUAAGGUGCAGUAAGGGUGUGUUCGUACAGGAACACGUGUGAAGCCGCUCACUGCCCGCAGUGCCUCAACGAGUGGGGUGUCCAGAAGUUCUGAAACAAAGCUGUCGACAAACGACAUCGCUGGCAAGCGUUCCGAUCUUUUACGAGAACCUUCGUUGCUUGAGGCCGUGAAUCACCGCCAUCGACGUCGCACACCGGGAAACACAUUCGUCUUUGACAAAAAGGCGUGAAGUAGCGGCGAUAAGUCGCGACAGCGGUAGUGGUAAUAAACAGCGUACCGUGUGCGUCGGUGGUUUGAACCGCGCCAUGAGCAAAACGAAUACAAAGGCGUGCUAAAGGGGUGUAGUACAAUAUCUCCCCACAGGUCAUAACCGCAGUGCAUACUAACGAGAGUGUUUGUGACAGACAGAGAUAGGGCGACAGUGUGAGUGUGUGCAGCGGACGAAAGAGCCGUAGCAUCAUCUCUUCAUCAGACGUUCGAGUGUGUUUUAAGACUGUGUACCACCACCUCCGGCCGGGCGAAAUUGAUGUCUUGUACGAUUGGGAAAGCGAUUGCGCCCCGCUUCGAUUGAUUCGAUCGAGGGUUCGAUUGUUGGGAGUAAUCCCUGGGAACCGAAGGUAGAACGUACUGGAGUGCGGCGAGAAAGUGGCCAAGCCAAACAAAGUAUCGCCGAGCUUAAUCUGCGGUUUUGUGAUUCGAUUUCGAGCCUGUCUUUAUGUAAACGGUGUAAAGUGUGGCCACCCAAAACAGCUCCUCACGCCCGCCGUUGCCCUUUGGGGAGCCACCGACAAGUACCAGGGCGAGCAGUAGGCGUCCGGGCGAUACUAAUUGCCCGGUUUGAAGUUUGUCAAAAGUGUCACGUAUCAGGUCGCCUGACGGACACUUGCCGACCGCGUGGCGCGAGGUUCGUCUCCAGCGGCUGGAUCUAAUCGUGCCGAGGUGUGUAGUUUUUAGCGCUACGCUGACGGUGUGCGAUCGCGGUGUAUUGGUGUGCCAGUGCGAUAUCUAACUUUAAAGCGUCCAAUUGUGAAAUCGUGCGCGUAGAACGUGUGUGCAUUUGUGUGUGUGAGUGAUUGUGUUGUGCGCGGGUUCAGAGGCAGAACGACCGGCAAAGUGUCGCGUGUUGGCUGUUAUCUCUCCGGGCUAGUUUUGCCAUUGACCGUCUCGCUCAGUGCGUGUGUUGCCCCGGUGCACCUACCCCGCGUGCUAGUGAUUCCCACCGAAGGGCUCUCGCUGGGAGUGUUUUUAUUUGGCGAGCGGUCCCAAGGGCUAUACCGCUAUCAGGCAGGCAGGCAGGCAGGCAGCAGCAAUGAACGAUCGCGAUUGUCAUCGUGAGUGAGAUCAUGAGGGAAGUGGACACUUCGGAAACAUCCGUCGUAUGGCCUGCAUGGUGUUACUCAGGAGAAACAACAGUUAAUGAAGAUUUACCACAACGACUGGUGGCGGCGGCAGCAGCAGCAGCAGCAACGGCUGUUUCGCCUUCCCCGAUAGCGCUACUGGGGCAGCAAGAAGACCAUCAACGAACGCAGAACGCGCGAAAGCAACCGGAGCACCACCAAGCGUCAUCAAAUCAAUCUCGGUCGUCAUCAGCUUCAUCAGCGUCAGUGUCAUCGUCACCGGCGUCAUCGCCCCACUCGCGCUCAUCGCCCCUCGCUCGGCUGGAAAGACGACGGGUGAAGCGCAAAUCAAUCACACGUACGUCGCUGUUUAACCAAUCGCCAGUGACCGGGCUGGCAAGUAGCGCUAUUGCGGCUGCCCUCGAAGCAGGCUCGGUGGCGGCAGUACCGAGCGGUAGCGCUCCCGGUGGACUUUUAGGGCUUUCGGCAAACCGUCGGGUUGCCGAGGUGCUGUACAAUGGACGUUCGCUUGAAGGCAGCAAUGGAGCACUGCUGCUGAGCAAUACCCAUCACGACCGCAGCUCCGACGACGCACAGCACGAAGCGGCCAGUGACGAGGAGAUCGAUAGGGUGAUAAAGGCGAAGAAGAAGAAAAGCGUGAAAAACAAUCGUUUCAGUGUUAUCAAUACUAAGCUCCUGCAGGAGUAUCAUCAUCAGCAGCAGCAGCACCAAACGAAGCUGCAAACAUUGGACAAGAUGCUUAGCGAACGAAUUUACGAUCGUAAGAAGUAUCUGAACUCGCCCACCGGAAGCAGCGGUGGGGCCAGUGCGGUCGGAAGCUCUACAUCUGCCAUCGCGUUCUACGAGAAGUAUCGCAAUGGUGCGUCCGGUGAGUCCGGCGAGUCUCAGCUGAACCUGAUUAAGAACGGUACCGGCGGCGGCGGUGGUGGUGGUGGCUCCGUCGGCAGUCUCAACGGCGUUAGCUCCAGUGCCCAUCUCAGUGCAAUAGCGGCAAGCAUUAUUAGUAGUAGCAACGGUAGCAAUAAUGGUAGCAACGUAGGCAAUAACAGUGAAGAAAAUGGCGCACUGUCGCUGCACGGCGGCAGCAACAGCAGUAGUAACCAAAUCAGUACCAACAAAAAUGGCAACAGUGGUAACAGCAACAACAACAACAACAAUAGCAAUACUAACAACAACAACAUCAGCAGUGGCGCUAUGGGGAUCACGAACAGUAGCAACAGCAGCAGCAUCAAGAGCGAGCGGUUCAGUCCCCCGAACAAUGAUGCUCAAUCGAUGGCUUCGAGGUCGCGAAGUGUGACACCAUCGUCCUUCUCCGGGACGCCACCACAGACGAUGCACGCGAGCGAUGCCGGGUUCCCGAGCAGUAUUUCUACCGGUGGGUUGCUUCCGUCCCCGAACUCGUCGUCCGGUGCGGGGAAUUCCGUCGAACGGACCGAAUUUCAGACGCGAAAUUAUUCCGAUUUCAUGCGCAGCCUGGCCGCCAAGUACAACAACAAUAACAACACUAAUGAUGUAUCGAAUAUCAAAAAUUCUUUUCUUGAACCAAAAAUGCGCCUCACUCAGCCCAAGUCGUAUAUCGAGCGAUCGUUGAACAGCAAGAAAGGCAGCCCUCUUACCUCCACUCAAGUACCUAAUCCAAGUAUUAUGACGUCGUUGUUUUCGGGUCUUCCAUUCCAAUCGGCCGUCUUCCCACCACUGAUCGAUAUGAGCAGCACCCAGGCGCUGGUUACGCUGGCACGAGCUGCAAAAGACUCUGAAGUACACAACAUUCUCAAGGCAGAUACGGGCGGUGGGCUGAAGAAACUAUCCUCGUUGUCGCGUGGUUCCUCCCCACCACCGGCUACCACCCUUGGCAGUCACCAUUUCCCUUCGCCCUUUGGCACGGGCUAUCUGCCCCGGUUACUGCCGAACCAUCACCACUUGGCCAAUUUUCCCUCCCAGUCCCCGACGCUUGCGGCCGCCGCCAGUGGUCCCCUGAAGUCACCUUCCCGUGCGCCCGAACCAACGGCCCUCGUUUCCACCUUCCCGCUGGAUCUCAGCGCAUCGACCGCGCCGUCCGGCAGCAAGAGGAUAAAGCUUUCGCCGACCCCCAGCCGACAUCAGGAAACAUCUCCAGCGCCGAGCUCCACCAACAGCCAACCGUCCGCGGACUCACUCGAUCUCAAGCCGAUCCGGAAGUGCCACGCACGCGUCGAAGAAAUCAGUGCCUGGACGGUGGACAACGUGUGCGACUUUGUUGCCAGUAUCGAUAUCUGCGCCGAGUAUGUACAGAGCUUUCGUGAUCAGAGCAUCGACGGUGCCGGAUUGCCGCUGCUAACCGAGGAACACCUGACGAACUCGCUCGGCAUGAAGCUGGGCCCGGCACUGAAGCUGCGCUCGAUGCUGGCCAAAAAGUUGGGUGGUCCCUGCCCGUGCGCACUGUGCAGCGUGCCAGCCUCGACGCCUCCGGCCCGCACCAACAGCAGCGGCAGCAGUAGCAGCAAGGGCGACACAACUCCCACCAAUCGGCCACCGAGCAACGAAGGCUCGAUUGGUUAACCAUCCUGCGUUGUUCGCCAGCCCCGUUCGUGAUCGUGGCCGAUCGGGUUGGAUCGGGCACCCCGUUCCAUGUUCCAUCCAGUUUUCGACGUACUUACUUACAUAGGCGGGCCAGGCCAGGCAGCCAGGCAGAAAGACUCUUGGCAGCAUGCAGGCCGCAAUCUUCCAUUCGACAAGCCGGGACAUGUACAAUACUAACGAUUAAGUUGGAUUUACUUUUAACAUUGCAGGAGAAACUCGCCACCAACACAGGUGGCUGGUCGGUUGCUGCUGUUGUUGUGUGGCCUCUGGUUAGAGGCAACAAUACAUAGGGGCGAGUUAGGUUGAACCCCUUUCUAUUUACUGAACCGAGUUUGAGUGUUUCCUGAGUGAGGUUUUUGAAGUAAAAAAAUCCCUUCCACACACACACAUCCAUGCAUUUCUUUUAGAGCGCCAUCCAAAACAGUGAUCGGUGUAUUCUACGACCAAAGAAACAAGAACAGCACAGUGAAAAUUGAAUUUUCCAUUUCGCUACACUAACCGAUCCCCACCCGCAAAAGAUCAUCGACAGAAAACACUCCACCACGGCAAGAAAGAGAAUAACAUAGGAGAAGAUCAAUCUUCAGUGUGGCCUAUCGUGUGGCCUUGGUGCAAUUUAACUAUAAAUGCGUUUUCACGCGAGUAAAACAAAACUGUCUUAGAUUAAGAAUAAUCGUAAGCAAAGACAGCAAGUGCGGCGACUCGAUGUUGUUAAUUUUUCGUUAUUUAUUCAGUUAGUGUAUGAACUGUAGAGGUAAAGCUUUUUGUUGCAUUAGUCAAAUGUAUCUUUGGCAGCCUGGGCCAGCAAGUAAGACGGCACUCGUGUUCUCCAAACGUUCUCGGUUGGAAAUUUGUUCGUGCACUAUUCAAGCUUGGUAUCGAACAGCUUUUUCUGUAAACUUUUCCACCUAUCAAAUAGAAACAAUUCUAUCACCGCAUCGUAGCUGUGUGUACACACAGCAGAAAUGAUUUCACUUGCAAUUGAUUUCACUCGCCCGAAGGAUAUGAUUUCACAUCCUGUAUCCAGUGUCUCCAGGAAACCGAACAGGGCGUAUUGGUUAGUGCAUUAUUUAAACUGUUAAAGAUAGCAAUAUCAGUAUUUAAAACAAACAGACACACACGGAAACGUUGAACUUAUACAAAACACACACACACAAAUCGAAGCGGAAAGUACGGCGACGGGCGACGUUGUGCGUUAGGCAGUCGCAAUGUAUGUAAGAAGUAAAGACAUUACAACGAAAUAAAUUAAUAACAAAUCGUACCGUUUGA